GGGGAAGAAAAAACAGUCUGACUUUGUCUUUUAUUUCUCUCUCUCAUUCUCAUAGAAAGUGGUGGAAGAGAAGGAGAAGAUGCCGAGGCCAGGGCCAAGACCCUAUGACUGUAUCAGAAGAGCUUGGCAUAGUGACACACACCAACCCAUGAGGGGUUUGCUCAUCCAAGAGAUUUUCAGGAUUACUUGUGAGAUUCACAGCCAAUCCACCAAGAAAAACACUGAAUGGCAAAAGAAGCUCCCUGUGGUUGUCUUGAGAGCUGAAGAAAUCAUGUAUUCCAAAGCCAAUUCUGAGGCUGAGUAUAUGGACUUGACUACCCUAUUAGACCGUGCAAACGACGCCAUUAACACCAUAAUCAGACUCGAUGAGACCACUGAGACUGGGGAAUUUCUUAAACCUUGUAUCGAAGCUGCGUUGCAUUUGGGCUGUACACCAAGAAGAGCUUCAAGAAGCCAAAGAAACAUAAACCCGAGAUGUUAUCUUAGCCAAGACUCAACUAAUUCGCCGCAAUACCAAGUCUUCAUGAAACCAAACAGCUUUGCUCCAAAGACUCUUCCGGUUAUGACUUUUCACAACGAUGUUCAAGUCAAGAAAUGCCCUGUCUCCAAGUACUCAAGCUAUCCUUUGUGCUAUUCACUCAGAGCUCCUUCUUUGCCAGUCUCUAACAAUUUCACUGACUCGUGCAAGUCCAACAAGAACAGCAGAGAGGUGAGUGUGAAAGAUGCAAGUAAUGGCAUUGCCUUUGGUGGUUGUGAUCUAUCUCUCCGCUUAGGCCCUCUUGGAGAUGAUAUCAAAUCUCCUACUCAAAAACGGAGUAAGAUAAGCAGCAGCAACAACAACAAAAGCUGAAAAUUGAGGACAGAAUUGUGUUUUAGUCUUGUGUUAGAGAAUGAGUCUUAGUUAGCUCUUUUAGUUUCUCUCUAGGUUUUAGUUUUUUAAAAUGUAAAUAGAGAGAGAGUGAUGAAGGAAACAGAGUAGUCUUCUUCUUCUUGUCUUGCAUUAAUCUUCAAACUUCAUGUACUUUUAUAGCAAGAUUUCUAGAAAUAACUGAGUCAACAUCUAUGCUUUCA